ACCGAGCGAGCGUGCUUGUAGCCGCCGCCGCCCCGAGCACCCGCAGCUCCGGCGCCGCGGCGAGACGGAGAGACGGACCGACCAACAGACCCUCGCAGCCUCAGCAUCCUGGAGGAGAACAUGCUUGCCAAUUCAGCCAGUGUGCGGAUUCUCAUCAAGGGAGGCAAGGUGGUGAACGAUGACUGCACCCACGAGGCUGACGUCUACAUCGAGAACGGCGUCAUCCAGCAGGUGGGCCGCGAGCUCAUGAUCCCCGGAGGGGCCAAGGUGAUCGACGCCACCGGGAAACUGGUGAUCCCCGGAGGCAUAGACACCAGCACCCACUUCCACCAGACCUUCAUGAACGCCACGUGCGUGGACGACUUCUACCAUGGGACCAAGGCAGCACUUGUUGGAGGCACCACCAUGAUCAUCGGCCACGUCCUACCCGACAAGGACACCUCCCUCGUGGAUGCCUAUGAGAAGUGCCGGGGGCUGGCUGACCCCAAAGUCUGCUGUGACUACGCCCUCCAUGUGGGGAUCACCUGGUGGGCACCCAAGGUGAAAGCUGAAAUGGAGACGCUGGUGAGGGAGAAGGGUGUCAACUCGUUCCAGAUGUUCAUGACCUACAAGGACUUGUACAUGCUUCGAGACAGUGAGCUGUACCAAGUGUUUCACGCUUGCAAGGACAUUGGGGCGAUUGCCCGCGUCCAUGCUGAAAACGGGGAGCUGGUGGCCGAGGGCGCUAAGGAGGCACUAGAUUUGGGUAUCACAGGCCCAGAAGGAAUCGAGAUCAGCCGCCCAGAGGAGCUGGAAGCUGAGGCUACUCACCGUGUUAUCACCAUUGCAAACAGGACUCACUGUCCGAUCUACCUGGUCAACGUGUCCAGCAUCUCGGCUGGUGACGUUAUCGCAGCUGCUAAGAUGCAAGGGAAAGUUGUCCUGGCCGAGACCACCACGGCACAUGCCACACUGACAGGCUUACACUACUACCACCAGGACUGGUCCCACGCUGCCGCCUACGUCACGGUGCCUCCCCUGAGACUGGACACCAACACCUCAACCUACCUCAUGAGCCUGCUGGCCAAUGACACUCUGAACAUUGUGGCAUCAGAUCACCGGCCUUUCACCACGAAGCAGAAGGCUAUGGGCAAGGAGGAUUUCACCAAGAUCCCACACGGAGUGAGUGGCGUGCAGGACCGCAUGAGUGUCAUCUGGGAGAGAGGAGUGGUUGGAGGAAAGAUGGACGAGAACCGUUUUGUGGCCGUCACCAGUUCCAACGCGGCUAAGAUUCUCAACCUGUAUCCCCGCAAGGGCCGCGUCAUCCCCGGGGCUGACGCCGAUGUGGUGGUGUGGGACCCAGAAGCCACAAAGACCAUCUCGGCCAGCACCCAGGUGCAGGGAGGAGACUUCAACCUGUAUGAGAACAUGCGCUGCCAUGGCGUGCCGCUGGUCACCAUUAGCCGCGGGCGCGUCGUGUACGAGAACGGUGUCUUCAUGUGUGCUGAGGGCACCGGCAAGUUCUGUCCCCUGAGGUCCUUCCCAGAUACUGUCUACAAGAAGCUGGUCCAGAGAGAGAAGACCUUAAAGGUUAGGGGAGUGGACCGCACACCCUACCUGGGGGAUGUCGCUGUUGUUGUGCAUCCUGGGAAAAAAGAGAUGGGAACGCCACUUGCAGACACUCCUACCCGGCCGGUCACCCGACACGGGGGCAUGCGGGACCUUCAUGAAUCCAGCUUCAGCCUCUCUGGUUCCCAGAUCGAUGACCAUGUUCCAAAGCGAGCUUCGGCUCGGAUCCUCGCUCCCCCCGGAGGCAGGUCAAGUGGCAUUUGGUAAAGGCACUGCCCAGCCCCCCACGUGAGGAUGCACCACUGCCGCCAGCCCGCGCACCCUCGGCCACAGCUGCAGGGGGCAGGAGAGGCUGGGCUGGGCAGCACACCACCUGAGGGGGGCCCCAGGACCCCGGGAGCCCUCCCAUGUCUGAAAUGUGAUUCACUGUGCUUCGAGCCAACCCUAACAGGCACUUUGAGAUGUGUUCCUCCUGCUUGGUCCUUUCCUGCCUUGGCCUCGGCGGGCUUUUCUGGGGCCCAGGAAGCCCACACUAUGCACAGAGCCCACUGCAUAGAGCCCUGGCCAGCCCCUCCUCUCACGCUGCCUCCAUGCGCUGGCUUUGGGAAAGCCCAGACUUUAGUGCCCUGCCCCCUGGCUGACCUGCCGGUUGUCCAGAGCACUUUAGCAGAGUGUUUGAAAAGUCAAGGCCUCCUCCCCCACUCCCUUAGGCCCCGUGGUGACAUUUCCCAAGUCAGACAGGCGUCAGCUUCCCAGCCAUGCCCAGGACUUCCCGUCCUCCCGACUCACCUCUGGCCUUGUGUGGGUGCGGUUGGGACACCCUGGGUGUGGGUGUGGUUGGGACACCCUGUGCCCUUUGCCAGCCUCCUCCACUCCCCACCCACGCCCUCUGGGAGUCACAGGCCCAGAAGGGUAGCUGGGUGGGGCGCAAGGCUGGUGCCAGGCGCGUGUAAAUGGUUUUGUUUUGCACGUUUGGUUUGCGCAGUGGUUUGGUUUGACUUGUUUGUGCAUCCUGUGAAAAAUAACGGUGCUUCGUGUCACUAGCAUAGAAUAGCAACAGGAGUAGAUGUGGUCCUUAGGAGAUGCUGCACUCGACACCAACCAGACAGCACAGGGCAGAGACGGUGGGGGCUGCCUCACGGGCCCCUCUUCUCCCCACCUGGGGUCCUCCGGGCUGCCAGAGGCCCCGGCCCAGGCCUUUCCCCUCCCCUUCCCUCCCAGUCUAGGUCCCCACAUUCCGAGAGGGUGCCUGGCAUGCCAGCCCUGGAGAUGCUGGCCCUACAGGCAGCAGGGUGACCUUGCCUGUCUCUGUCCUUGGUCACUCCCAGCACUAACACCCCCCCUACACACACACACGCAAACACACACACAACUUCCUGUAGCUCCCCCCUUCUGGACAGAGGCCCAGCGCUCCUCUCCUCCGUGUGAUUGGCAAGAGGCCUCAUGCCUGCUGAGAGAGGGGGAGUGGGAGAGGGGCUCACCAGACACCAGGGAGGGAGACUCCAGGCCCGCGGAGCCCGGCUGCAGAACCCGCAUUGUUGCACAGGUGCUGUGGUCUCCUGCAGUCAGCUCCACGCCCUCACCGGCUGUGGCCUCAGCUCCUCCCACGUCCAGUUGGGCCCUACCUGCCCCUGUACCUCCACUGAUGUUUCCAUGGAAACACUAGAGGCUAGGUGAUCUCCAUCCACCCCAAGUGAUCAGCCGCCUCCCCUUAUUAGGCCUUGCCUGCCCCUCGGGAAGUGAUUUCAUGUUGCACAUAUGGUUUGAGCACCCCAGGCUUGCAUGAGACUCCUGGACUCUUGACUGAUGGUCAUACCCUGCACAUUUCUAUAGUGCUUUCCCUGUUUUCAGACCACGUUCUUAUAUGGCCUCUCACUUGGCCCUCAUGACGAUGGAGCAUGUGUGAUUCUUCCCAUUUUACAGAUGAGGAAACUGAAGCCCACAAAAUUUAGGCCCUCUGACCCCAGAAGCAUCCGUGCUGUCUGCCCCCACUGUGGAGAGGCGGCACGGGGUGACAUCUAUUGUAGAUCCUACCUGAGGAUUUAACCAACUAGAAGACUUACCUCCCUGGUAGGCCUUCUGCUUUUGCACAGGUAGAUAGAUUUUUCAACAUCUUUGUUGUAAACAAACUAAUGCAUAUUCUUUGUUCGAGCCAAGACUAGUCCCAUGUUGGGGGCUUGCCACGUGGUUUGAGCUGCAUCCACACCCUCACUUCUCCCUUCACUUCCACUUUCCUCACUCAGGGGCUGAGAGGACAGAGGUGGUAACCCAGGGAACAGAGACAGGGAAGGGGCUCAUGGCAGGUGGCAGCCAUGGGGACAGGAGGUAGGGACUCAGGCUUGGGAAAGCUACCAUGGAUGAGAGAAACUGUGAUGCUGACUCCUGGUGCAGUGCACAUCACUUUUAUCCCUUUCAUCCCUCGCUGAGUCAUGAGCCUUGGGCAGAUGCCAAAGAGCCAAGCAGUGGUGGUGGCCAUCUGGGCAGAGUGUCCCUGCUUGGGCCAAGACAGCUUUACCUUCCCUGAGUGCCUCCACCCAAGAGAUGCGUGAUCGUGGCGCUGGGAGACCACAUCUUGGAGUGGUCCUCUGUAGACCUUGCAUUUCAUCCACCCCUAGCCCUUACAUAGACCCUACCCUCACCCAGGAGCUUCUAGAUGGAAAUCAGGAGGUUCAAGGAGCCAAGUGAGCGGCCAUCCCCCACCACCCACUCCGUGCCCCGUGCAGAGCUCCAGCCAGCUCCAUCACCAGCUCCGUCACUGCCUCCUGGUUGGAAUAAAAAGGGUCUCUGGUUGCACUGAAUGCAGCUCUCAAACUGGUCUUGUACUUGCUGAAUAAAUACUGUUGUUCUUGCCUUA